UGUCAUUUGACUUUUCACAUUUAUGAAUUCAAUGAAUAUUUUUUCUGAAACAUUAUCAGUGUAAUGCAAGCUUAAUGUGUGUUUUAUACAUUUCCUAUAUUUAUAUCGGGGUUUUUAUAGAAUUAGUGACAUAGUCUGCAAUUCCUGGACCAUAAAUAUGACACGAUUUGCUCGAGCAAAGGGAUCCAAGUCCUCGAAUGUGAGGACUCCUGAAGACAGUACACCAUGGGAAGUUAUGAAAGAACAGCUACUUAAAAAUAAACAAGGGAAUGAAGAUAACAAAAAACGAGAGGAGGCUGAACAACAGAGGAUUACUAAUUAUGAAAAUUUUCUUAAAGAGAGAAAAGUAGAAAAGCGUAAAGCUGAGUGGUGUGAUUUUCCUGAAGCUAAGUCUAAUCAGUCACUAAAUUUGAACCACAACAAAAGCAAUAAAAACAAAAAAAUAAAGAAAGCGGAACAGUUACAUGAAAAUGUAAUCUCUGAGACAUUGUCUAAUAGUAAAAAUGCUAUUGAGUCUGAACACAUUGUUAAAAAGAAAAAGAACAAGCAUAAAAAUAGGAAACAAUCAGAAAAAGAACAAAAUGAUGAUCAAAAAAUAGAUGAUAGUACUCCUUCAAAUAAUCCCAACACUGAAAAUAGUGAAAAGAAAAAUAAAAAAAUUAAGAAUAAAAAACAAUCUGCAAGCAACAUUUCAAAUUCAAAUGACACCAACAAAGCUACAGAAGACAGUAGUAAUGUAUUGACACAUACUAAACAAAGUAAAAAGAAGAAUAAAUCAAGAAGUAAGAUAGACAACAGUCAGAUUUCUACACCUAGUCUCAAUGACCAGGAAAAACAAAAUAGCAAUCCUAAAGAUGUGACUGUAAAGAAAAAGAAAAUGUUUGAAAAACCAUCAAGAAGAAAGCCAAUAAAUGAUAAAAGUUUCCAACUCAUCAUAAAUACUAAAGAAGUGGAGCUGGUUAGGUUUGAUGGAUUUCCAAUAAUGAAGAAAGAUGCUGAACGGUUACAGGAGUUGAAAAAUAGUAUGAUCAAAAAGGGAAUUCCAAAGAGUGAGGUUCAAAGAACUAUAAAAUUGGAAAGAAGAAGGGCAGAAAAAGCCUUGGCAAGGUUAAAGAGAGAUGUGUGUUACAAUUGUCGAAAGGGAGGGCAUAAUUUGUCUGAUUGUCCUGAUCUAAAGUCUAAUAUACCAGGUGUAGACUCAGCGGAUGGUGUAUGCUUCAAAUGUGGUUCCACAGAGCAUAGGCAAAAUGAAUGCAAAGUACAGAAAGAUAAAGAGUUCCGGUUUGCUACAUGUUUCAUUUGUAGAGAAACUGGUCACUUGGCCAGACAGUGUCCAGAUAAUCCAAAGGGCCUGUAUCCAAACGGUGGAUGCUGUAAACUUUGUGGUGAUGUUACACAUUUAAGGAAAGAUUGUCCCACUGUAAAAGAUACAAAAGAAGAGACUUCAAUAAAACUGCCAACUUUAGAUUCAGUGGACAAUAUCGAAGACAUAACACAACACACACCCGCAGCUACAGUUGAGCACAAUAAAAAACCUAAAAAAGUUAAAUUCUAGAUAUCUAUGUACAAAAAUAAAAGAUUUGAAACCAUA